CCCCCCAUAAAAAAAAAGGUCCGUCUAAAACAACAGAAAGAACACAACUCCUCAACAUCUUUAUACACACACACACACACAUAUAUAUAUAUAUUCCAUUCCUCACUCUCAUGCCAUCAUUCACACGCACACCAACUCUGGACUCUGGACCCCCUCAGCAUUCAGCAAAUUUCACCCCGCACGACCAAUACCUUCUCUUUGAAUUCUCUCCUCCUCCUCCUCCUUUUUCUUCUUCAAGAAACUACAUGCAUACAUAUAUACAGAGCCAGCAACAGCAGAAGCAGCAAAUUCUACCUAGGAUGGCAACAACGACCUCGUCUUCUCCUCCUCCUUGGGUUCGAGGCAAGGUAAUAGGGAGAGGCUCCUAUGGCACGGUCUCCCUCGCCUUCCACAGGGAAACCGGCCGGGUUUUUGCUGUGAAGUCCGUCGAGCUCGGUUCCUCCCCUGAUCCAAUCGAUUCGUUGGACAACGAAAUUCGGAUCCUAAGCUCCCUCGAUUGCUCACCUUAUAUCGUCCAGUACCUUGGGGACGAUGUCGAUGGCUCCCACCGCAACCUUCACCUCGAGCUACUUCCCGGCGGGACUGUCACUGACUCCGCGGCUGCCCGGCGGCUUGUUGGGAAGAAUUUCUCCGACGAGGGGAUUGCGAAGUCGCACGCGCGGUGCUUGGUCUCCGCCCUCAGGCACGUGCACUCCGGGGGCAUUGUCCACUGCGACGUCAAGGGGAGGAACGUGAUCGUGGGCCACGACCCGAUGGUCGCGAAGCUGGCCGAUUUCGGGUCGGCCAUCGGGGCGGGGUCCAGGAAGGAGCCUCGUGGCAGCCCUCUGUGGAUGGCGCCGGAGGUUGUCCGGGGGGAGUAUCAGGGGCCGGAGAGCGACGUCUGGUCUCUUGGCUGCACGGUCAUAGAGAUGGUAACUGGGCGGCCAGCUUGGGAGGAUAAGGGAGCCUACACGCUGAGCAAGAUCGGAUUCUCCGACGAGCUGCCUGAAAUCCCGGCAGAGCUGUCCGCACAGGGCAGGGACUUCCUCAUGAAGUGCUUGAGGAGAGAUCCCAAGGAGCGGUGGAGCUGCGAUCAGCUGCUCCGGCACCCGUUUGUGGCCUCGGAUACGCCAGAUGAGUCGCGGAUUGACUGGUCCCCGCGUUGCGUCCUCGAUUGGGUCAGCUCGGAUUUCGAAGAGGAUCUCGAAUUGGAAUCGGAUGACGAGAGCACCUUCGGGACGGACGCUGAGCCGUGCGCGAGGGGGAGGAUCGCGGAAUUGUGCCAGGGCGGAGGGCCGGCCAGCUGGGAAUCGGAGGGUUGGGUGGAGGUGAGGGAAGCAGGCGACCAGCUCAAUUCAGCACGUGACGCUUCAUGCUGGGAAUAUGCGGAUUCGGAGAGGGAAGCGCUGGGGACAAGCUCGGAAUACUGUGGAAGUUCAGGGGCAGAAGGGGAAAACAGCAUGAUGUUGCCGGAAUAUUUAAAUGGAUCGGGCGGCAGGGAACAAGUGGAGGGGAAGUGGAGGAGGAGCUGUCAGCAUGGGACAGGUCCAGUGGAGGAGGAAGAGGAACCUCAUUACUGUUACUUAGCUGUUGGCAGCGUGACAGGGCAAACUCAGAGAACCGGAGACGAGGUGGUGGGCAUUGACACCCGUUGUAAUAAUUUCUUAUUAUUAUUUUUACCUUAUUUAUUAUUAUUGCUCGUAAUACUCAAAUGCGAUAGCAAAUAUUGUAGUAAAGAAGGCACGAAACAUUUUGUUUCUUAUUAUUUUACACGCGUUCCAUUCUUCUUGCGCGGUUGGCUCCCUUUUCAAGAUCGAAAGUCGACUCGUCGUGAGCACGAAUUGCUUUUGCUCAAUUUCGAAUUCGCUCAACCAGCCAACUUACAUCGUGUUUCUUUUAGGAGUUGGCUUUUUGGGUGUGUCUGGAUCUUUCUUAGAUCUUGGCAUGCGAUGUGAAAGAGAAGAGUGGGG